CUGUGGUGGUUAGCUAUGGCGGCUGUGAAGACCCUGAACCCUAAGGCCGAGGUAGCCAGAGCCCAGGCGGCACUGGUGGUCAACAUCAGCGUGGCCCGGGGACUGCAGGACGUGCUGAGGACCAACUUGGGGCCUAAAGACACCAUGAAGAUGCUUGUUUCUGGUGCUGGAGACAUCAAGCUUACUAAAGAUGGCAAUGUGCUGCUUCAUGAAAUGCAAAUUCAACACCCAACAGCCUCCUUAAUAGCCAAACUAGCAAUAGCCCAGGAUGACAUAACUGGUGAUGGUACCAUUUCCAAUGUCCUAAUCAUUGGAGAACUACUGAAACAGGUGGAUCUCUACAUUUCUGAAGGUCUUCAUCCCAGAAUAAUAACAGAAGGAUUUGAAGCUGCAAAGGAAAAGGUACUUCAGUUUUUGGAACAAGUCAAAGUAAGCAAAGAAAUGGACAGAGAAACACUUAUAGAUGUGGCCAGAACAUCUCUACGUACUAAAGUGCAUGCUGAACUUGCUGAUGUCUUAACAGAGGCUGUGGUGGAUUUCAUUUCGGCUAUCAAAAAACAAGAUGAACCUAUUGACCUCUUCAUGGUUGAGAUUAUUGAGAUGAAACAUAAAUCUGAAACUGAUACAAGCUUAAUCAGAGGUCUUGUUUUAGACCAUGGGGCGCAGCAUCCUGAUAUGAAAAAAAGAGUAGAAGAUGCAUACAUCCUCACAUGCAAUGUGUCAUUAGAAUAUGAAAAAACAGUGAAUUCUGGCUUUUUUUACAAGAGUGCAGAAGAGAGAGAGAAGCUUGUAAAAGCUGAAAGAAAAUUCAUUGAUGAUAGAGUUAAAAAAAUAAUAGAACUGAAAAAGAAAGUCUGUGGUGAUUCAGAUAAAGGAUUUGUGGUUAUUAAUCAAAAGGGAAUUGACCCCUUUUCCUUAGAUGCUCUUGCAAAAGAAGGCAUAGUAGCUCUGCGGAGGGCUAAAAGGAGAAAUAUGGAAAGGCUGACUCUUGCUUGUGGUGGAGUAGCUCUAAAUUCUUUUGAUGACCUAAAUCCUGAUUGUUUGGGACAUGCAGGACUUGUCUAUGAAUAUACAUUGGGAGAAGAGAAAUUCACCUUUAUUGAGAAAUGUAACAACCCUCACUCUGUCACAUUAUUGGUCAAAGGACCAAAUAAGCACACACUCACUCAAAAAGAUGCAAUAAGAGAUGGCUUGAGGGCUGUUAAAAAUGCUAUUGAUGAUGGCUGUGUAGUUCCAGGUGCUGGUGCAGUGGAAGUGGCAAUGGCAGAAGCCUUGAUUAAAUAUAAGCCCAGUGUAAAGGGCAGGGCCCAGCUUGGAGUGCAAGCAUUUGCUGAUGCAUUGCUCAUUAUUCCCAAGGUUCUUGCUCAGAAUUCUGGUUUUGACCUUCAAGAAACACUAGUUAAGGUUCAAGCAGAACAUUCAGAAUCAGGUCAACUUGUAGGUGUGGACUUGAACACAGGUGAGCCAAUGGUAGCUGCUGAAGUAGGCAUACGGGAUAACUAUUGUGUAAAGAAACAGCUUCUUCAUUCCUGCACUGUGAUUGCCACCAACAUUCUCCUGGUUGAUGAGAUCAUGCGAGCUGGAAUGUCUUCUCUAAAAGGUUGAAUUGAAGCUUCCCUUGUGUCAUCUGUAUCAUGAAGACUACAGAGUGAUCCUAAGAAUAUAGCCAUGGAAUUUUCGUCCAAGCUUCAAAUGAUUUUCAAAAGCAUUUUCCUUUCCCAUACGAAAAA